AGCGUCUUCAGAAAGAAGGUUCAUGAAACGCCAUAUUGCGCGUGCGGCUCGGAGGAUAAAUCUGUGAAGUCGGAUUAAAAUCGUCUCAUCUGAAAACCUCACCGACUCCGGAAGGCGCACUGAGAAGGAGCACACGACUGACUCUUUCUUUUUUUUUUUCCUCCCUCUCCUUUGGAAACUCUUAAAAAGACCCCAAAUCCCAACUUCUCACAUAGAGACAGGAAAAAUGCCCAAAGCCGUCAAUGUUCGCGUCACCACGAUGGACGCUGAGCUGGAGUUUGCCAUCCAGCCCAGCACCACUGGCAAGCAGCUGUUUGACCAGGUAGUGAAAACCAUCGGGUUACGUGAGAUUUGGUACUUUGGGCUGCAGUAUAUGGAUGAAAAAGGAUAUCUCACCUGGCUAAAACUAGAGAAAAAGGUGUCUUCUCAAGAUGUGAAGAAGGAAAACCCACUACAGUUUAAGUUCCGUGCGAAGUUCUUCCCAGAGGACGUGGGUGAAGAGCUGAUUCAGGAAGUCACCCAGAAGCUGUUCUUCCUUCAAGUGAAGGAGAGUGUUUUGAAUGAUGAGAUUUACUGUCCACCAGAGACUGCUGUGCUGCUGGCCUCCUACUCUGUCCAGGCUAAGUAUGGGGACUUCAGCAAAGACACCCACUCGUCUGGAUACCUCACUUCUGACAACCUGCUGCCUCAGAGAGUCCUGGGGCAGCACAACUUAACCAGGGAACAGUGGGAGGAGAGGAUUCAGGUGUGGCACGAGGAGCAUCACGGCAUGCUGAAGGAGGACGCAAUGAUGGAGUACUUGAAGAUUGCGCAAGACUUGGAAAUGUAUGGAGUCAACUAUUUUGAUAUCAAGAACAAAAAGGGAACAGAGCUGCGGCUUGGAGUGGACGCACUGGGGCUCAACAUUUAUGAGAAAAAUGACAAACUGACCCCAAAGAUUGGCUUCCCGUGGAGUGAGAUAAGAAACAUUUCCUUCAACGAUAAGAAGUUCAUCAUCAAGCCCAUUGACAAAAAAUCUCCGGACUUUGUGUUUUAUGCCCCGAGAUUGCGCAUAAACAAGCGGAUCCUGCAGCUGUGCAUGGGCAACCAUGAUUUAUACAUGCGCCGUCGCAAGCCUGACAGCAUUGAGGUGCAGCAGAUGAAGGCCCAGGCCAAGGAGGAAAAGCAUCAGAAGAUGAUAGAGAGGGCCCAGCUGGAAAAAGAGAGGCAGAAAAGGGAGGCCAUUGAGAGAGAGAAGGAGGAGAUGGAGCGGGAGAAGAAAAACCUGAUGAUGAGACUCUAUGACUUUCAGCAGCAGACCAAGAAGGCAGAGAAAGAUUUGGAGGAACAGUAUGAAAGAGCUAAAAUACUGGAAGAGGAGAGGAGGAGGGCUGAGGAAGAUGCGGCUCGCUUGGAGGCAGACCGCCAGGAAGCUCUACGGGCUAAAGAGGAGCUGGCCCGCGUGGCCGAGAACCAGAGGAAGACUGAGGAGCAGUUGGCUGCAGAGCUGGCUGAGCACACAGCCAAGAUCGCCAUGCUGGAGGACGCCAGGAAACGCAAAGAGGAGGAGGCCAGCACAUGGCAGAUGAAGGCUCACGAGGCCCAGGAGGACUUGUUAAAGACCAAGGCGGAACUGCAUAAUGUGAUGAGUGUGCCUGCGCUACCUCCUCCACCCCCACCUCCCGCCAUGUACGAAAACAUGGACUACAACAGCGACAGCGAGGAGAACAACAGCACGCACAGCGCCGAGCUGCAGACAGAGGGCAUCAACGAUCACCGCAAAGAGGAGGAGCGCCUGACUGAAGCCCAGAAGAACGAGCGUGUCCAGCAACAGCUAAAUAUGCUGCGUUCAGAACUGGCCGAGGCACGCGAUGACACCAAGAAGACCCAAAAUGAUAUUCUUCACACGCAGAACCUGCUGGAAGGGCGAGACAAAUACAAGACCCUGCGACAGAUCCGAAUGGGCAACACCAAGCAGAGGAUUGACGAGUUUGAAUCCUUACGAUGAGCGCCGUCCAGCAUUUAGCCUCCACCAGCCACGAAUCAAACUCUCCCCCGUACAUCACCACACGCUCAGAUUCACACAUGCAUCAACAUCAUACAGAAUAACCUGGACCAGUAUAGGCGCGGCAGGAGGCGCACAUUGCCUCCAAAGAGACACCUGUAAUAAUAAGUUUGUCCUGCGGUCUGCAGAGCUCUGCAAAACAUCUGAGGAGUUCUUAGUGCCAAAUCCUUCCUCUUUCUAAGUCUUAUUUGUGGAUUCUAUUAUGUCAGUUUUCAGUGAUCAAUCCAGACCAAAUCAUUAUUGUUUUAACCAGGGGUGUGAUAAGUAGUGGGACUAGUCAGAUUAUCUUUUUAUUUUCUGAUGUGCACAUAGACUGUAAUCAACGCCUUGUUUCUUUCUGUCAUCUUAUUAGUUGUGUCGGCGAAAAGGUUGUUUCAAAGCGGCCAAUCAGAAAGGGGUGCCAGUACGUGCUGAACACUUCCAUUUAUGUAUAGUGCUAUACAGCAGUUCAAAAUGAAGCCUAGAUUAAUAUUUAUAUUGUAUAUGGGACAUGAAAAAGGGGUGUUUCAUCUCUGUUUGUAUAUUUGUGCUAAUAAGAUGUUUAAAGUGUUUCAGAGGUUUUCUAUACUGGCAGUUCUUAUGUUCCCUACAUUUUCUGUUAGAUUACUAAAUUAAAGAAAUUUAAUUGUAAAUUAUUGUUUUAUUGUUAUUGUAGAGAAUAUCCAGCCACAGUAGCUGUUACUAAAUCAGUCAUGGAGAUUUCUAUUUAGGUACUUUUUUCUGGUAAUUGGUGUUUUGAGAAAAAUCUUCAGAGCACUUUGGUGAACGGGACGAUUGUGUUUAUCUUCAUCAUCAUGUCACUGUUGACUGACAGAUGAGCUUAUGUGGUUUUACUCUCCAACAUAGCCUUUGUUUCUGGCUCAUCAGUCCCAGAUAGCUGGUCUUCAGUUUUAAACCAUGAUGCAGUCGUUAAAAAUAUUUUACAGCUUUUGUAAGUGUUAAGCGAUUAAGAUUGGGGGAUUUGUGCUGCAUAUUCGCAAAGGACUGACCCAGACAAGACAACCGCAACAUCUGUCCUUCCUCUAUAGCAGCAGCAUCUGCUGACACUGUAAUCGACACACAAACCUGAUUUGUAUAUAAACAGGAUUUUAUAAAGAGGUGGUCAGUAUAUUGGCAAUAAAAAUAAAAAAUAAAAAAAAACCUAUGA